AUGGCCCCCGUCGCGAACAAGACGCUCAUUUUCAAGGAAUGGCCCGGCAAAGGCUUCCCGGUGCCGGGCAAGACGAUGGUCUGGGCGGAGAGCACGAUUGACCUCGACACCGUCCCUCUCAACGGCGGGUACUUGGUCAAGGCCCUCGUCGUCUCCAUCGACCCCUACCUCCGCCGGCGCAUGAACCCCGGCAUCGCCGACUUCGUGAUCACGUCCUUCAACCUGAACGACCCCAUCGUCAACUUCGGCGUCGGCGUCGUCCUCCGCUCCGAGCACGCCACGAUCAAGGCCGGCGAUCACAUCCACGACUUCCUGCCGUUCGCCAACUACGUCGUCCUCCCCGGCCCCAGUCCCGCGAACUACACGAUCACCAACACCCUCAACCUCCCCUGGUCGAACUUCACCGGCGUAUUGGGCCUCGCCGGCAAGACGGCGUACUACGGAUGGACCGAGUACGCGAGCGCGAAGCCCGGCGAAGUCGCGUUCGUCUCCGGAGCGGCGGGUGCCGUCGGCGCCAUCGUCGUCCAGCUCGCGAAGGCGGCGGGGUGCAAGGUGAUCGCCAGCGCGGGCACCGCGGAGAAGUGCGAGUACGUCAAGUCACUCGGCGCGGACGUCGUCUUCAACUACAAGGACACGCCGACGGCGCAGGUGCUCGAGAAGGAGGGCCCCGUUGACGUCUUCUGGGACAACGUCGGCGGCGAGGUGCUCGAGGCCGCGGUCGAGAACGCCGCGCAGCAGGCGCGCAUCAUGAUCUGUGGCAGCAUCGCGAACUACAACGCGACGAACCCGUACGGCGUCAAGAACCUGCAGCUGAUGCUCUGGCGCGAGAUCCACAUGUACGGCUUCCUGAUGACGCGCAUGGAGCCCAAGUACGCGGCCGACUUCUGGCAGACGUGGCCGGCCAAGGUGAAGAGCGGGGAGGUCAAGCACAAGGAGCACGUCGUCAAGGGCCUCGACAAGGCCGAGGACGAGAUCAUCAGCAUCCUCCACGGCGGCAACUUCGGCAAGAGCGUGCUCGUCAUCGCGGAGGAUUGA